UCAAGCUGUCGUGGGGAAGCAUCGAGCCGAUUUCCGCAGGUCGUGGCUUGGCUUGGAAGCAGAGGGGAUCCCCGGGCGCCUCCACCCCACCCCCAGAUCUGAUUAACAUGAAGCCCGUAUCCAACAAGCCCAAAGCUCCGGCUGCGAGGCGGGCGUGGCUGCCUCCCUCUGAGCCGCGCCCUCCCCGGGGGAGCCUUAUUAGCCCUUCCCGGAGGAAGCGUCGCUACUUUGAGCCUGCCGGGGUGCGAGUCCCGGGUCCGCAGCCGCGUCUGAGCCGCUACUUGCUUCUGGUGCUGGUGCUGGUGCUGGUGCUUCUGCUUGGCGGUUCCGGGCUGCUGGCCUUCGGUCCGGGAUGGCGCUGGUCUCAGACGAGCUGCCGGCGGCCAACUUGACGCGCGUCAAGAUCCGCCCGCAGGGGUGCGGCCCCGGGGCGCUACUCGACCGCUUCGGGGUCUUUGUGCAGGCGCUGCUGGCCCUGGUCGCCUUCAGCACGCUGAUGCUAAAACGAUUUAAGGAGCCAAAAGAAGAGAGGCGGUCUUGGAGAAUAUGGUUUUACGACACAUCCAAGCAAGCCAUCGGGGCUGUCUUCAUCCACUUUGCCAACGUCUUCCUGUCUGACCUUACGGAAAGAGACCCUUGCUCUCUUUAUCUGAUGAACUUCAUCUUGGAUGCCACUUUGGGAAUGCUGUUGAUCUGGCUCGGGGUGAAAACGGUCUCGUGGAUCGUGGGGUGGUGGCAGUGCCCCUUCCUCGCCUUUGGCGAAUAUGGGGAUCCACCUCAGGCCUCUGCUUGGCUUGGCCAAUGUUUUCUCUACUUGCUAAUAAUGAUCUUUGAGAAAACGGCAGUCGGUCUUGUCUUACUUAUUCCUGGUUGGACCAAGUUUCAGGAAAUUCUUCUGGAUUACAUCCCUUCUCCUCAGCUGGAGCUGGUCUUGGUGAUGCUGGUGGUUCCUUUUAUAGUCAAUGCGGUCAUGUUCUGGGUUGUCGACAGCUUGACAAUGAAGAAACACAAGAAGAAGGAAAAGCUGGAAGUCAGCGUGGCGGAAUAUCCUGAAGCCCUGAAAGACGACGAUAUCCAAGUCCUUCUUUGCCCCACUUUGGAUUUUGACAGUUCCAGAAGCGACGUAGAUCUCUUAGCGUCUUCUCCUCAAAUCUGGAGCCCCAUCUUAAAACUCUGAGAUUAUUGAGUGGCCCUUUCAUAAUUCCAAGCUGAACCAAAAAUGUUGUUUUUUUUUUUUUUUUAAAAAAGGAUCUUCAUUUUAGAGAUCACAGUGGAAAUGAGAAAUUGUAAAACACAACCUACUAAAUCAGGGGUCUUCAAAGUUGGCCCUUUGAUGACUGGUGGACUUCAGCUCCCAGAAUUCCUCAGCCAGGCACGCGUGCCUGGCUGAGGAAUUCUGGGAGUUGAAGUCCACCAGUCAUCAAAGGGCCAAGUUUAAAGACUUGGCACUAAAAUAUCCUAAGAUGGUUUGUACCGGUGGCCUGUUGCAUUUGAAAUGCCUUUUUUUUUCUUUUUUUGGAAUAUGUUGCUGGGUUAUUUGAGGGCCAUAAAAUUGUGGGGUUUUGGUUGUGUAUUGUCCUGCCGAUUCCAGAGGAACCGUUUAUUCUGGCUGGCCAGUUGGUUAUAGUUUUGGCUUGAUUCUGCAUCUUAGCACUUUUUAAAAACAAAAAAGAAAGAAAGAAAAAAUGAGAGUCAAGAUGAAUUUGCCUUGUGCAAACCUGAACGACCCACAAAAGCACAAACCACUUGUAAAUAGAAUCUCGUUACAAAGACGGUUAUUUAAAAAGCCUUGCUGUUUGGCCUGACUGACUCACUUUUUUGUACUACUCUUUUGUAAGAAUAAUAAAUGUUUCAUAUUCAAACGGCUACGGAAGCGAUCGCUUGUGUGUGUGUGUGCUCUGCUUUAAAAAAAAAUGGAAACUUGGGCUGCGGGCAUGCUUGGGUGGAAAAUUAUUUGAUAGCUGGUACUCUUAAGCUAUGAGAAUACUGUGAAGGGAAUUCUGGGAGCUGACGUCUACACAUGCUGGCUGUGGAAUUCUGGGAGUUGAAACCCAAUCCUCUUAAAAUUGCUCAGCUUGAGAAACACUCGGCUAAGUCUGAGUAGCUGAGCCUUCCUUUGUUAAAUAGGAUUUGGGGUCACUUUAUAUCUCCAACGGAAGCAACAAAACCUAGACUUGUAUGCUUUUAAUAAGUUCUGUUUCUCAGCCUCUGUAAUGAACAGAAAUCAAGAGGCAAAACAUUUUACAACAUUAUCCUUCCCUGCAAUGUGCAUUUUGGCUUUUUUAGGGCAGACCUUAAAAUUACUUAACCCCGAGAGCUCUUUUAAUUGACAUGUGCAGUUGGUUACCUUUCUUGAACCCUCAGCCGCUCUUUGGGGGGGGGGGGUUUCAGCUCAUUCUUUGGCUAUGGAAAAGGGCUGUUGUUUAAAUUAGCAUCUCUUUCACCUCAUUACCAAUUGUUUGCUUAGCAAGAUUUUGUUUGAUCUUUGAGCUAAAUUGCUUUGUGUGUUGUUUUUUUUUUUAGUUUAAACAGGAAGCCUAGACAAAUUAUUUUUAAAAAAUACAUUUAACUGUUUGUUUUUCUAAAGAGAGAAGCAAGGGAGUGGCAGAAUUAAAAUUCUUUCUGUGCUCUUCAAAUAUUUGUCUCUAAUCUUUAUGACAUGAUUUAUUUGGCUGCUGCUCCAUUCUGCUUUUUAUUUUAUUUGCUUGUAGCUGAAGCAUCUCUGGAGUGGUCAACAAAGUCAAGAUGGUGGCCAUGAUAGAACUAUUCUAUUCUAUUCUAUUCUAUUCUAUUCUAUUCUAUUCCAUUCCAUUCCAUUCCAUUCCAUUCCAUUCCAUUCCAUU